GAAACACCCUUUUUUUAAAGAGAGAUCGUAAAAACUGAAAUUCAGAAGAAAGCAAAAUAAAGAGCUGUAACUUCUUUCGCCUGUCCUUGUUUAUAUUCUAAUAAAUUACUUCACCGUGCUAUGCGAAGUAUGCGUUGGUUUAUUUUCGUUUUGUUAGCAGUUCUUGCAGAAUAAUCUGUUUUUCGCUUUCACGUGAUUAUGGCCAACAUAGAUUAAUAUAGUGAAAAGGUUACAUUUAAAGCAUCUAAAGAAUGAACCGUCACCAAGUUCUAACUGGAGCGGCAAAUGCUGGUGACCAUUGCUACUCUGUUGGAAGUGUUGAAGGAGUGCCUUUUACAGCCUAUGCAUCUGGAUGCAAUAUAGUUAUUUUAGCCAGUAACUUCCAGAGAGUUCAGAUAAUUCCUGGCCUUAUACAUGGUAAUGUUCAAGUAGGAUGUCUUGAUGCUUCUACUGAUGUAGGAAAAAUUGCUGCAGCUUAUGGUAGAGAAGUUUGUAUAUAUGAACCAACACCACUUUUACAUCAGUCAUCCAACCAUCGAUUAGAUUACCAAUGGGUUCAAACAGCAGUAAUUAAAUCGGAAUUCCAGCUACAAGUAUUGUCAUGGAACUUAUCAGGUACACGCCUCCUAACAGGUGGUUCAAACAUUCAAUUAUGGCAAUUGUCAAUAGCUGGCGAAGAUGACAUCAUAGAAGAAGAACCAACAAACAUUCAAGUGAAAUGUACUGGAGAUGAUGGUGUUGUAACUGACAUAGAUGAACAGUGUAAAUGGAACUGCAUCUGGUCAUGCAGAACAGCACAGUCUGUUGCAUUUUUGAAAUUCUCGCCUGAUGGUACCUUGUUUGCUUCAGCUGGUAGUGCAGAUCGCUUAGUGAAAAUUUGGUAUAGCAGUAAAAUUGUGAGCUUUUCAUCACAACAUCAUUCUGGUCAUUCAGGAGCAGUGAAUUAUACUUUUAUUUAUAUUGCUCAUCCUCGAGCUGUUUCUGGUUUGUCAUGGAGAAAAACAAGCAAGUUUAUGCCAAAGGAUUCUGUAGCAAACAUGUUGUUAACUUCUUGUCGAGAUAAUAUUUGCCGCAUUUGGGUGCAAUCUUUGAUGCCUGAAGAUGGUUUAGUUGAUUUACAACAGAUAGACAGCAUUGCUAAUCAAAAUCUUCGAGUACAAACACAGCGACACAGAAAGAAAAUCAUGCAGAGAUUAAAACAUAUGAAGUCUUUCAAUCAGUUAAAAAAACAUCAAGCUAGUCAGUUCACAGAAGAUCCCCAUGAGCCUAUAAGUAUUCUUCCUAGCACUUACAGUGUUCAUGAUUUCCAUUGUUUCGGAAUGCAAGGAUCAGGAGUAACGCCAAGCUUGCAUUUCCAUUUAGCUGGAACUAUUGAUGCGAAAGCAGGUAACAUUCCUUUGGUACCUAGUUUAGUAGGCAGCCAUACAAAAGAUCCUAAUUUCGUUGUACAUUGGAUGAAUAACAAAGAAAUGGCCUUUACUCAUGCUGCUGAACAUCUACUUCAAGAUGUCAGUGACAAAGUUCUUCAAUUACAGCAUAAGAAAGAUAUGGCAAUUUUAGAUCAUGAUGUCGAUAAACUUAACUCUGAAAAUAAAGUUGCCAAUGGUAGAAGAAGCAGCCAUCCAAAAUCGGAAUCUUCUGAAAACAUUAAUGAACCUUUAGCUAGCAAACAGAAUUCCCCUUCAGCAUCAUCAUCUACAUCUAUUGCCACUGAUAGUUCUACAUCUCAAUCACAGAGUGUUUCUGGUGACUUCAUCGACAGAAAAAUUGAAAAACUACUCCGUGACUGGCAUAGAUCACAAGAUCUAUUAUUCAGUGUUUAUCCUGUUGAUGGUAGCUUUUUAGUAUGGUCAGUUGAUUGGUUGGAUGAAUAUCAUCCUGGUUCCUUUCGCCAAGCCAUCGUGAAUUUUGCUUCUCGCAUUCCUAAUGCAGUUCCUCUUGGUGAUGCUGCUACAAUGUCUCAUAACAUUUUUAUGUAUUCACCACAUGCUGGCUUGGAUCUUCGUCUAGCUAUAAGUGCAGCUGUAUCUGAACAAAUGAUUAAAGACAAAGCUGAGAAAACCGAAGAUGGUGAUGCUCAACAACCUGUUCUCGAUUAUGCUCAGUGGAAGCAUAAUUGUAAUAAGCAGCUUUCUCAAUACUGUGCUCUGAGUUCUACUACUCCUACUGUAUGCAUGUUAACUAAACAUAGCAAUGGGAGCUUAAAUUUGUGGCAUGUAUCUUUUGCAGACACUUCUCCAUAUACUCAGGUAUUAAGCAUUGGGCAUUUUACACGUGUUUGUGGUCAUCGGUUUCGUAUAAAUGAUGUCACCUGCCAUCCAGUUCUUCCUUUAUUAUUGACCACAUCCCAUCAUAACUUACCUGGUCAAAAUCAAAAUAAUUCAAACCCAUCUAGUCCUGCUGCUCCUCUCAGUCCUCGUUGUUGUUACACUCCUUUUAUGGGUCUUCAGUCAGGUUUCUGCAGUGAGCUUAUACUUUGGAAAGUGGAUCCUGUAGGACCUCUUUCUAAAUCUGGGGGAGUGACCGAAUUAGCCAGAAUCAAUUCUCCAGAGACAGCAGCAUUUGCUAAUGUUGCCUGGAUACCAACUUUGCUACCUAGUACUACUCAAGGAAGUAUAUCUAAUUCACCAAGUGCUUGUUUUGUGGCAUCUGAUGGCCAUCAACUUCGAGUUUAUCAAGCAGUUAUAGAUGCAAGAACUUUACUAGCAGAAAUUUCAAGUUCCUCUCGAAGAAAGAAUUCCCAGGACAUGAGUCAGAGUACUAGUACUUCUUCUGGUUUAGGUUAUAAGCACAGCACACUUCAAGACACUUUUAGAAUUAUUAGUGAGCAAUCAACAUCAAGACCUGGAUGUGUGAUAGAACUAGAUGCUAUUUCUGAUGCAACUCAUGAUUGGCAAAAUACUCAAUUAUUGCAUGUCUUUCAAGAACAACUAAUUUCUAGCUCUCCUCACAGAAGAAAUGCGAAGGAAGCUAGUAACAUUAGUUUAGUUCAGCCUGAUCUUCAGGCAAUAGUUGAUUUAAGACACAGCUCAGUUUUUGAAGAACCAUUUUAUCUUGUAGUUUUAGAGAAGCAAGAAGAAAAAUCGGUUCUACAUAUGUGGAAGAUUAUCAUUGCAUCUCCAUUUGGAGCUGAAGAUCAUGAGCAUCAGAGUUUUUCCUAUGUUCCUGAUAGUAAUCUAGUUCAAGAGAGUGAUCAUUCCAAUCAGUCCUCCAGAAGUAUGUCACCUGAUCAUAAUCAUGAUGCAUCUUAUCCUUUAUCGCAAGUGUCUCCACUCCGAAUCACUACUGUAAAGGUUUGCACUCAAGUAAUGCCUCUGCCGGAUGAUGUUGAAAUUGUUCAUGCAACACCUGCUGCUGGUCAUCUUAGUUCAUCAAAUAUAUAUCCUGCUUGCUUUGCACCAUAUCUUAUUUGCACUGCUUGUUCAGACUACACAGUUCGAUUUUGGAAGUGUGAAAUAUUAGAAACUGGAAAUAAAGAUGAAGUAGAAUACAACUGGGUUGAGUGGGAAAUGAUGCUAAACAAAUCACCUAGUUCUGUUCGAGUUUCAGGUCAGCCGUUGUUUGUAAGCUGUGCAUACAGUGGAAGAAUGGCAUGUGCAUUCAAGCAUGGAAAGUCAUUUACUCGCCAUAAUUCAAAAAAUCCAGAAAGUCGAUUUAUAAACGUAGGUGUAUCGAUAUUUGAAUGUGAAUCUACUGGAGGUUCUGAAUGGAUGAUGGAGGACACCAUAAAUCUUAGAAAUGUCAGCUUACCUGUUCCAAAACUUAGCCUUAAUUUGGAAUCUCUUGUUGAUGCCUCACAACGAAACAAAAGAACUGCUGAUACUCUGUUACAAAAACUUUCUACUGAUGAGACUGCUAAUGAGCGUCUGCCUUUACAAAGACUUUUGUCAGUGCCUAGCUAUGCAACUUUGCAAACUCUCCGCCAAGCAAUAACAGAAAAGGGAAAUCAAGAUUUAUUGGCACCUAAAUCUUUAGUGCAGUUAGAUUGGGUCUCUGCUGAAGACGGUUCUCAUAUACUUACUGUUGCCAUUGGAUCUAAGGUUCUUCUCUUUUCGCCUGUAUCAAAUGAUAUUGCACAAGCUAACGUCCAAGCAAUGAAAGCAUCAAAAUCAGCUAGUCGUCCACUUUUGAAGCAAGCAUCUUCGAUGGUAUUGCCUUUAUCAUGCAAUGAUGAAAUUCGUUGGAUGCGAAUAAGAAGUACACCUCUGAAGACAGCAGAUUCUCUUCCACCUAUCCCAAUGCAAUUGUCUUGGGUACGUCAUGGUAUACUUGUUGUUGGAAUGGAUAGUGAAAUGCACAUAUAUUCCCAGUGGAGAGUGCCUGUUUGUAACGAUCGUGGACAAGCUCCAGAAUCUGAAAAGGAUGAACCACUUGUUGAUGAUCGCAAAUUAACAGAAGAAGAGCUUCUAACAAGAGCCCAAGAAUCUUCACAGUUGAGGUUACCUACUACUUCAGGUACUUUAUCUCGUUCUACAUCCAGUAAUGUUCUUACUGCUGCUGCUGAAACAAAAAGAAAGAAGUCUGAGGCUGCUAAGCCCCAGAGGGAAAGUAUUGCAAGUAUUGGUCCUAUGCCUGAUUUUGGAUUGUUUGAAGCAAGCAGACUUGCUUGUCCUAUUCUUCCUCAGUACCAUCCUAAGCAAUUAAUGGAACUUUUAGGAUUUGGAAAACUUCGAAGAGUUAAAGCAAUUUUGAGCCAUUUAGUUCGGUGCCUCUCUGGAUCAGAAAACAUCAAGAAAACUUACCUGCAAGUACCUGAAUCAGUUGGAAAUGAAGAAGAAGGGGAUGAAACAAAUAGAACUUGGUCACGUACUAGGGCCAUGUCUAUGGCUGCGAGCUCUUCUCCUUUGCCACAUAGCCCAAAUGAUCAACGUGGAUCAGUUUCUGUAUUUCCAGAAGAAGUCACUUUAGAUUAUGUAGAGAUUCAGUCUAUUCCUCCCCUUCCAUUAUUUACAUUAAUUGCUGCUGACAAAGAAUUGCAUUCACAGACUGUUCAGACUACUCAAGAUGAAGCAUUAGAUCAGGAUUAUAGUGGUCUUUUUGAUGUCUCAAUGCAUAUGGAAGACAGUCUUGAUGAUAUUCUUCAUUCUAAAUCGGUUUCUGGAGAAAACAAAAGAGAAAGGCCGUCCUUUAGUGGAAAUGAAAGAAAAGUUAAUUUGACAAACUUUAGUCCAAAUCAGGCUGCAUCAUUGACACAUUUCUUAACACAUUCACAUUUGCCUGGCCUUUCAAGUUUAGAUCAGAUGCAUCUCUUGGCUUUAGCUGACACAGUUGCUUCUUUCAACACUGCAUUAUCUGACAGAUUUGGUACUGAGCCAGUGGUUUCGAAAGGUCCAAACAAAACUAAUGUAGAAGGACUGAAUGUGACUGUUACAACAGAUUCUUUAGAUGAUUGUGGUUUGAGAUUCCUAUUAGCUGUAAGGCACUAUGUCUACUUAACCUUAUGCCUACCCCUUUCUCAACGAGCACAAUUGCAAAAUCAAGGCUUGGGAAGUCACAGUUUAGUGUGGGCCUUUCAUUCAGAAACUCAAGAAGAAUUGCUACAGCUCAUUCCAUGCAUGCAAAAAGGUACUCUCAAAUGGAGUGAAUUGAGGGAGCUUGGUGUAGGAUGGUGGGUUAGAAGCAAUGCUGUUUUGAAAAGACUUAUGGAAAAAGUUGCAAAAGCUGCAUUUCAAGCAAAAAAUGAUCCAAUGGAUGCUGCUUUAUAUUAUUUGGCAAUGAAAAAGAAAACUUUGCUUUGGGGUUUAUUUAGGUCUGUUUCUGAUACUAAAAUGACUGCAUUUUUCCAAAAUAACUUUACACAAGACAAAUGGAAAAAAUCUGCCAUGAAAAAUGCAUAUGUUCUUAUGGGCAAACAAAGAUUUGAACAUGCAGCGGCUUUCUUUCUUCUUGGUGGUGAUUUGAAAGUAGCAGUUGAAAUAAUUUUAAAUCAUUUGAAUGAUCUGCAGUUAGCAAUGGUUGUCAUUCGAUUAUACGAGGGUGAGAUAGAAACUGUGACUCCUUCUUUGAAAAAACUACUGUUUGUUGAAGUUUUGGGAUGCGAGCCAGAUGGCACUAACUAUAUUCCAUCGAAAGCUUAUCCAGAUCCUUUUAUUCGAUGCAUGGCACGAUGGAUACUUCAAGACUAUUGUGGUUCAUUGACAACACUGUUACAGACUGAUGUUGGAUAUUCUCAUCCAAGAGCAUCCGAAAUAGAAAAUUCUGGUGAUCGUAUGUCCGCUAAUCCAAGUGUGUUUAAUUUCUACUUAUUUUUACGAACUCAUCCAUUGGUUGUUCGUAGACAGAGAGCUCAAAAUUUAUCUGAACUGAAAAAAUCAAAAGCAGCAGGAAAGCAAAAUUUCCGAAGUGAAAGUCUUGAUGUUGAAGAUGCACCAUUUGAAGAUACUAUAACUCCUUUAGAAAGAAGAUUAUUUUUUACCACAGCACAUGCUCACUUCCGAGCUGGUUGUCCUGCUCUUGCCUUAGAAGUAUUGUCCCGUUUACCAAACAGAGUACUAACUGAUGGUCCUAUGUCCCCAGAUGAUGCUGUCUUUGAUUUUGCAAAUGUCAUUAAUGAAGGUGAUAAUGUAAUUGCUACUGGAUUAGUAAACCAGGAUUCCAUGUCCCAGACAACAAAUAAAAAUGUUGAUUGGGGUCAACCUGUUGCUGCAUCUUCAAGUGGAGGCUCUGCAGCUGACUUUGAUUGGAGCCAGCCUUCUGUAAAAACAAAAACUGAAGACACUUUAGACUUUGAUUGGGGUGCACCUGUAACCCAGGUUAAGGAACCAGAAUUGGAAUUGGAUUUUGGACUCGAUAAUAGCGAAAAUGAGGUCUCAGAGGAAGAGGAUGGUAUAGAAAUUAAAGCUCCAGAAGAACCAGUUAAGGAAAUAAAGAAUGACUCAAGACCUGUUACUAUAGAUAUCAUGGCUCAGCAAUUGAAAUUUAUAGCUUGUUUAAAGAUCAUGAUGGAAGAACUGAGUACUUUAGCUACCGGCUAUGAAGUUGAUGGAGGUCAGUUGAGGUAUCAAUUGUACAUUUGGCUUGAGAAAAGUGUAUCAGCUCUUAAAGAUUUAUGCCUGUAUGGUGCAUCUUCUGAAAAUUAUGAUGAAGCAGUCAAUGAAGAAUCGAUGGCAAUGGAUGGUAGUUCUCACAGUAAUGCUAAUUGGGAUAGUGCUCUUGACUUCUCGAAUCAAAGAGCUUCCUUACAUGAGAUAUUACUUGCUGAUAAAUUAGAUUUUGAAGCAAAAUUACAACGUGCCAGCCGACGAAAACAGUGGCUGAAAGCCAAUGAAGCACUUUUGCGAACCUUAUUAAGUUAUUGCAGUCUUCAUGGUGCUCAUGGAGGUGGUUUAGCUGCAGUUAGGAUGGAACUAAUCCUAUUGCUACAUGAACUGCAACAAGAGCGAUCACGACAACAACUUUUAUCUCCCUUACCUUUCCCUACAACUUUACCUCUUUUAGCUGCAAGUGUGGCUUGCCAAAAGACUGUAGUAGCUGAUCCUAUAAGACAUCUGCAGUCAUUGGCGCAUGAUAUUCUACUGACUAUAAUAGAUAUGACUGAUCCACCUGCUGUUUCAAAUGCUUCUUUUUCUCAUUUGAUUGUACUGAGAGAUUUGAGCACUUCUUUGUCAGCCUGUAUUUAUGAAUCUCUCUGUGAUAGUGAUACAUUUGUUGUGAAACAAGGUGGUGCAAGAGGGCUUAGCAUGGAAGAGCUCAUCAGUUCUGGUGUUGUCUAUCAAAACAGUCAUUUAUUGGCUGGGCAUGUAAAUAGGAUAAGGCAUAGUAGUGGAGAAGAAGAUGUGAAGGCCACAACAUCUCCUCACAAAUGGCCUGGAGUUUCCUCUUUACGUGCUCUUCUGGCUCAAGACAAGGAUGAAGAUUCUCCUAAAUUACAUACGUUAUUGUGUGAAGCUUUUGUUAGUGUUUACGUUAGUCAACUGAUUUAUGCCUUAUCUACUUGCGACUGCCAUGUAUUAUACAGAUUAGUUGGCCAAUGCUUUACUAAGGAGACAUGGGCACUUCUUUUUGGUGGAGGAGCAAAAAUAUUACUUCAUAUAUCAACUACUAAUUCAGUUGAACCGACUGGAUCACCUGCGUCUUUAGAAAAAGAAAAUCAAAGUCAAAGUGAAAGUGGUUCUGGAAUAUUAGAUUCUCUGUCACGACAACGAAUCAAGCUUCACAUGAAGCUGUUGGGGCAAUCAGGCCAACAAACUACACAACCUAUAAUAAAAGAAGAUAAACCAACUUAUAGAGAACAAUUCAUCCCUCCUAAAAUGUCUAUGGUGUCAUUGUUUAUGUCAAAGCCAAAACUUGCAAGUGAAUCGGAUGCCUUAGAUUAUGAUUCAAAUGCUUCAUUACCAAGUGAUGAAGAAGAAGUUGAGGAAGGUGAAAUGGAUGAUGUCUUUGGUGGAGAAAGCACGGAAGAAGGCCAUCAAGCAACCAGUGGAAGAAAGAAAAUUAUCUCUGAUUCAGGAUUGGAUCAGUUAGAUCCAUCUUCCUAUACAUGGGGUAUUCUGCGUUAUGCAGUUGUUAAACUUGCUCGCAUGCAUAUUGUAACAUUUUUAAGCAUUGCUGGAUUUGAAAUGCAAGAUUUACCAGUGAUUAGUCCUCUCAUUCACUCUGUUUUGAAGUGCAUGGAUUUUUGGAUUAAAGAUUUGAAACAGUACAUGGAUUCUUUUGAAAGUCCCCCUCCAAAUUAUAUUCCUGGCUGUAGUACUUCUGGUCCUCAAAUUGGUCCAGCUGUCCUAAAAUAUUCAGCCUUAUUAGAGCUAAAUAAUACCCCUUUUAGAUCUAAUCAUAGGGCUGUUUUACCUGUUAAGCGACUGUGGAAUUACUUAGUUCGUCAAGAAAGUGUUCAAGAUGUAUUUAUUAGAUACAUUUAUCAGUUUAAACGUGUACCUAAGACUGAUGAUUUUGAUAUUGAUGCCCCAGCAGAAGGAAAUUCUGCCAAUCUUAAUAGUGUUAGGGUAAUUCAUAAGGAUCAAGACACAAUUAAUACAUUUUGUAUCAAUAGAGUUAAAAAUGGUAUCAUUGCAUUAGCUACUCCUAAAGAAAUCCAGGAAAUUGAUAUGUCUGUUCUUCUUCAACCUGUUCCUUGGCCCCGAGAAGAAGCUGAGUUUGAGGCUGUAAAUUUACUAAGGGCUCCUGAUACAUUGCCAUCAACAGAUUAUCUGGUUAUUCAACAUCCUGCAGAUUCAUUACAAGCAAAUCAGUCUUCAUCAGGGUCUACCCCUACUACUUCUGGUCCUACAUCCAUUGGAGCAUCUAAAAAUAUGAAAGGCCUGAACUUCCCAGGUUGUACUAAUCCACAAUUUUGUCAAUUAGUUCUCCAAAGAAGUCGAUAUAUGUUAAAACCGCUUAAGAAACAUAAAAUAGACGGAGUUCGUAAACUCACUUCUCAUCCAUUGAUGCCAGUUUAUCUGUCAGGGUCACAAGAUGGAUCUGUAAGUCUUUGGGAAUGGAAUCAUGCACAACCCAUAUCUUCACCUCGACAAGCAGGAACUUUUGCUAAAGUUACAAAAAUUGCAUUUAAUCUCCAAGGCAACAAAUUUGGUGUCACUGAUGGAGAUGGCAUUAUUAGUUUGUGGCAAGUGGGUCUUGGAUCUGUGAGCAAUAAACCCUAUUUUUCUACACAGUGUCAUUCUAAACAAGCAAAUGAUUUCGCCUUCCUUAGUUCAUCUAGUCUUAUUGCUACAGCUGGCCAAUCUACAGACAAUAGAAAUGUCUGUUUGUGGGAUACUCUUCUACCCCAAGGAAAAUCCCUCAUAGCAAGUUUUCAGUGUCAUGAAGGUGGGUGUUCCUCUCUUGUUUAUGCCCCUCAAAGUCACACCUUAAUAUCAGCUGGAAAAAAGGGUGACAUAUGUAUUUUUGAUGUAAGACAAAACAAACUGAAACAAAAGUUCCAAGCCCAUGAGUCACCAAUUAAAUGCUUAGCAUUGGACCCAGCAGAAGAAUUUUUUGCCACUGGAUCAGCAGAUGGUGAUAUCAAGGUAUGGGGUCUAAGUGUCCACGUAAAAUUAUGCACUUUUAAUGGAGAACAUACUAAAAGUUCAUUAUUCCGGAGCAUCAACAAUGGUGUCUCUCAAAUGGAAAUUGAUGAAAUGGGUCGAUUGUUUUCAUGUGGUGCAGAUGGCUCCUUGAAAUUCAGAACUCUUCCAGAUAAUGAUAUAGUUAAUGUGUUAUAAACUGAUAAACAAUUUUGUCUGUUUGAAAUGCAACGAAAUUUCUUAGAAUAAGAAAUAUCUGUGAUUUAUUGGAUCUCUUUGGCUGAUGUUUGUGUUGUGUUGGAUAAGAAUAGCUGCUUUUCUCAGGUUUGCGUGAAUUUGUUUGUUGAUCGGUGCUGUAAAUUGUAUUGCAAUGUAUCAUGUCAUCAAUGCUGGAUCUUAUUAAAGUGAUACAAGUCAGAAAUUGUGUAAUUUGUUAGUAGAAUAUGUUUAAAAGUACAAUUUGUCUUCAUGUUUGAAUUCAUGCUUAAAUGUAUGCUUCCAAAUCUGACAGAUAAUUGUCAUUUUAUUCUUAAUUUUCUGAUUUUUAUUUUAUAUUUUUGUGUAAUCUAGAACGAAUAAAACACCGAAAAUAUUUAAUGAUUUGCAAAUAGAUUCAAGUUAAUUUUUUGGACAAUUGCUAAAUUAUGUAUAUAUCUAUAUAUAUAUCUAUAUAUUUGUGUGUUUACUAUUAUAUGAAUUUAAAUGUGGAUUUCAAAAUCGUAGUAAUAGGGAAAAAAUGCAGAAUAUAUUAAUAAUGUUUAUGCAUUCAAAGAUUUAAUUAACAAUAUAAGAAUAUCUUUGUGCUAAUAAGAUGAAUCAAAGGUUUUUUUUAGAGAUAGCUGUAAUUUAAUUCAUUUUAUAUUUAUACAAUUAAUCCAUUAAUUGGAACCUCUAUUACAUUGACUUUGUUGCUAGAUUUUAUACAUGUUUAUUGCAUAUUUACAGAAGAAAUUGAAUCUUUGUUCAUAUGCAUUCCUACAUUUGUUAAGUUUCAUAUAGACAUUUAAUAACAUUCCAUUUUUUUAAAAAAGAUUUCAAAAUGUCUAAUUUUAUUUAAUUGUAUGACACAUAAUGCUUCUUGAUAAUCAGAGCAUGAAUGUUAUGUAUCAUAAUAUAUAUAGAGAGAUGUUAUGAGCUCUAUUCAUUAUCUAUUUGCAAGAACAUAUUUAUCCAUAAUCUGAUUUUUUUGCUCAACUUAAUUGUCUACUUUUUAUGUGUUUCUGCAAACUAGUCUCUCUACUGCAAGAAUAUGAUAAUCCUCUCUUUUUCUGUGUGACUACAUCAGUGUUUAUUGAAAUAAUUAAAGGCAUUUAUAACAAUGGAGAUGAAUUUGUGUCAAAAAAUGGACGAAACAGUAUUUUCCCCAUCUUACCUAGAAUGUGUUUAUUUAGCUCCCAUUUGUAUAUUUAUUCAAGUUUAUGAAAAGAAAGUGAUAAUACUUAAUAUAUUUAAGUUUGUAAACAAAGUGUAUAUUAUAUGAAUUUAUAUUAUUGUUUGUUGAAAAUUGUAGUUGGUGUCUGACUGUAUAGUAUAUUGAGAAACUUGUGUAAAAAAUAAUAAAAGAGACAACUGAAUACAUUGAGCAA